AUGGUUCAAUUCGACGUCGAAAAGACUCUCGAGGAGCUCACGCUAGGUGAGAAGGUGGCUCUCACAGCUGGAACUGAUUUCUGGCACACGGCUGCCGUUCCUCGCCUCAACAUCCCCAGCCUUCGCAUGUCCGAUGGGCCCAAUGGAGUGCGCGGAACGCGCUUCUUCAAUGGUACCCGUGCCGCAUGCUUUCCUUGCUCUACUGCGCUGGGCGCAACCUGGGACACGGAGCUGCUGUACGAAGUCGGCCGCCUGAUGGCAGAAGAAUCCAUCGCCAAGGGUUCUCACAUCAUUCUGGGACCGACCAUCAACACUCAGCGCUCCCCGCUCGGCGGGCGAGGAUUUGAGUCGUUCGCCGAGGAUGGCGUGCUUUCGGGUCUUCUGGCUGGUAAUUACUGCAAGGGCUUGCAGGAUAAGGGUGUUGCGGCCACUCUGAAGCACUUCGUCUGCAACGACCAGGAGCAUGAGCGCCUGGCUGUUGAUAGUAUUGUGACGAUGCGCGCUAUGCGCGAAAUCUACUUGAUGCCCUUCCAUCUGGCGAUGAGGCUUUGCAAGACUGCCUGUGUCAUGACCGCGUAUAACAAGAUCAAUGGCACACACGUCAGUGAGAACAAGCAGAUCAUCACCGAUAUUCUGCGCAAGGAGUGGGGAUGGGAUGGUCUGGUCAUGAGCGACUGGUUCGGAACAUACAGUACCUCUGAUGCCAUCAACGCUGGCUUGGAUCUGGAAAUGCCGGGCCCAACCCGCUGGCGUGGAACUGCCCUGGCGCAUGCCGUUUCAUCCAACAAGGCUUUUGAGUACGUCUUGGAUGAACGUGUCCGCAAUGUGUUGAACCUGCACAACUUUGUCGAGCCACUCGGCAUCCCAGAGAACGCCCCCGAAGAGGCCCUUAACCGGCCAGAAGAUCAGGCUUUGCUCAGACGGGCUGCAGCGGAGUCAGUGGUCCUCAUGAAGAAUGAGGAUAACAUCCUUCCCUUGAAAAAGGAGAAGUCCAUUCUGGUGAUUGGACCCAAUGCGAAGACUGCCGCAUACUGUGGUGGAGGUUCUGCCUCCCUGGACGCAUACUAUACCGUGGCACCCUUUGACGGUGUCAAGGCCAAGAGCGAGGGCGAGGUCAGCUUUUCCCAGGGUGUCUAUUCAUAUAACGAACUUCCCGUGCUGGGACCUCUACUGAAGACAGAGGAAGGCGAGAAAGGGUUCAAGUUCCGCGUGUAUAAUGAGCCCUCGUCCAACCCCAACCGCGAGCUCCUCGAUGAAUUGCGCCUGGAGAACUCGCUUGGCUUCCUCAUGGAUUACAAGCACCCCAAGGUCACAUCCUUCCUCUUCUACGCGGAUAUGGAGGGUUACUUCACCCCUGAGGAAGACGGCAUCUACGACUUUGGUGUGACCGUACAAGGAACAGGCAAACUCUACAUCGAUGGUGAACUCGUUGUUGACAACAGCAAGAAUCAGCGCCAGGGAACCGCCUUCUUCGGUAACGCCACCGUCGAAGAGAAGGGCUCCAAGGAGCUGAAGGCUGGUCAGACAUACAAGGUGGUCGUCGAAUUUGGCAGCGCACCGACCUCUGAUCUGGACAUGCGCGGUGUGGUCGUCUUCGGCCCUGGCGGUUUCCGCUUCGGCGCCGCUCGUCGUGUCGGCCAGGAGGAGCUCAUCUCCAAAGCGGCCGAGUUGGCCUCCCAGGCGGACCAGGUGGUCAUCUUCGCCGGUCUGACCAGCGAGUGGGAGACGGAGGGCCACGACCGGGACCACAUGGACCUGCCCGCGGGCAGCGACGAGAUGAUCAGCCGCGUGCUGGAUGCCAACCCCAACGCAGUCGUGGUCAUCCAGAGCGGCACGCCCGUCACGAUGCCCUGGGCGCACAAGACCAAGGCCCUGCUGCAGGCCUGGUUCGGCGGCAACGAGUGCGGUAACGGCAUCGCAGACGUGCUGUACGGCGACGUCAACCCCUCCGCGAAGCUGCCUCUCAGCUUCCCUGUCCGCCUGCAGGACAACCCGUCGUACCUGAACUUCCGCUCCGAGCGCGGCCGGGUCCUGUACGGCGAGGACGUCUACGUCGGCUACCGCUACUACGAGAAGGUCGACCUGGCCCCGCUCUUCCCCUUCGGCCACGGCCUGUCGUACACCACAUUCUCCCGCUCCGACCUCUCGCUGGCCACCGUCCCUGAAAAGCGCCAGCUCGAGGACGGCGAGCCCAUCACCGCCACCGUCACUGUAACCAACACGGGCGACGUCGCGGGCGCCGAGGUCGUGCAGCUGUGGAUUGUCCCGCCGCCGACGGGCGUCAAUCGGCCCGUGCGCGAGCUCAAGGGCUUUGCCAAGGUGUUCCUGAACCCCGGUGAGUCGAAGACGGUCGAAAUUGUGGUGGAGAAGAAGCUGGCGACGAGCUGGUGGGACGAGCAGCGCGAGAAGUGGGCGUCGGAGAAGGGCACGUACAAGGUCCUGGUGACGGGCACGGGCGACGAGGUGCUCAAGUCGUCGUUUGAGGUGGAGAAGACUAGAUUCUGGCUGGGCUUGUAG